AUGCUUGCACGCGCUGCGGUUUCCCUACAAACUUCGAUGAACUUGACACUGUUCAAGAGGCAGAUGAUUGCUUUCUCUCCCUUCGGCCUCUCUCCACUUGGCUCUAUGACAAAGAGCCAUCUCGUGCUCACCGCCGUGCAUGAUUAUUCCCACUAUAGGUUACUGACACAUGACGUCUACGAUUCGACGCUGCUGCAACCCUGCCCUGACGGAACAUAUCCAAGUUGA